AGAAUUUAUUAACACCAAUUUAUUCCCCUCGCAGUGGGAAGUGUCACGGCAAUCCGUCCAGCGCAGAAGACGCACGGUAGCUCGCCUAAAUCUGCAGAUAACCGCAAAGGCCGAGGAGAACGCCCCAGAGCCAGAAAUAAUAUAAACGAAAGAACGUUUUUUUCACGAUUUAAUAUUCCAAGGCGCUCGUGACGUGAGGCUGAAUAUCUCGACCCUGUGACUGUGUUAUUCAUCACUCGACUAAUUCCCCUCUACACACGGCCCCUGGAAUAUCGCCCGUGGAGGAGAUGAGUUCCGAAACCCCAGAGAAGAAUCCACCCACCCGCCCAGCCCCUCCAACGACGCUCAUGAUGAACACAGAGGCAGCCUCGCAGGAGGAAGAGUUCGUGAAAACGUACCGAGAGGCCUACAAGUACAUCGACCAUGGGAUCACUCUGGCCACGCAGAAUAUGCACACUCAGGCAGGAUCAGUAUUACAGAAAGGUCUGGCACUCAUAGACAAAGCUCUCACCAUCAAGAUUGAAAACUUUGACUGCAGUGGAGAGAAAAUCCAACAUUAUGCCGAGAUGCAGAACAAGAUGCGGUGUACCAGAAAAGAAGUUUUAAACCACUUUACGGAUGGUCAGACAGCUAUGAACCCAAGCGCAGGUGCUGCAGCUCCUGGUCUGGAAGACGCUCCCCCUUCCUAUGAGGACUACCUCAGGUCCCUUGACUCAGGUAGGGUGACUGGAGUUACCAGUGUAAUUCAGUCAAUUCACAAAAUAUGUUCUGUCUCCCAGGUUCAAGACGCCGCAUUUACGGAGAUCGCAUCAGAGUCGCCCAUCGUGACCCCCGUCAUGUCACCCCAGAAUGGAGAAAUGAUCUUCCAGAUUGAGAAUGGGGUACAGAUCUUUUUCAUUUAUCCUGAUGGCCGUGUCACCAGUCCGUCCUACCCUUCAUUCUUGGCUGUGUUUACUUUCCCUGAGCCUAUAGGGCAUAAUGCUGGUCCCAAUGGUGCACGAGGGUUCCUGCAGGUUGGAGAGUGGAGCUACCCCCUGAUUCCAGCACGCAGCCCUGUCCUCCACUCCUUCUAUGGGGCCUACAUGUUUCCUGAUGUCACAAAUAAUGUUCCAGGCUCAAGCGUUGGGGUCAUCAUCCCUGACACGGUGGAGAAGGAAACGCUGGAAUUCUUUGAGCAGAUCCUGAUGCAGCUGACCUCCUACCAGGAGCAGAAGACUCCUGAGGGAAUAGAUGCAGAGAAGGAGACUGAACUUAUCCACCAAUCCACCUCAGAAAGGAUUGCCUCAGGUUUGGUUGCAGGAGCCGAAGCCAUCUCGAAGGGGGUGGUGUGGGGUGCAUCUAAACUGAGUGAGCUCAUAACCAUUGGCUCUGAGAACUUGAAGGAAUAUGUCCAGCCUGAAGAAAAUAAGAAGGAAAUUGAUCCCAAGUGGCAGACAACAGCCAAGGUGGCACGGGAUGUUUCUGGCAAGGCAGUAAAAGUCAGCGGAUUUCUCUUGAGCCAAGUAGGCAAGGCAACCAUGGCACUUGGCAGGCGAGUGGCACCACAUAUCCAGAAGCAUGGGACACGAGCCAUCUCUCACCUGACCGGGCAGAAGGAGAAGGAAGCCAGUUCAAAUGUGGAGGGUGUGUUGGAGGUAGCCGCAGGGGCCGUGAAGGGUGCCUCCACAGUCUACAUGAGUUUAGAAAAUGCUGCUGCCACUCUUGCUACCAGUAUCACUCAGAACACUGUCAAAGUGGUCACUCACAAAUAUGGUGAGGAAGCAGGCGACCUCACAGGCAACACACUUUAUGCUGUAGGGCAGACUGCUUUGGUUGGGCAUAACAUCGCUUCACUGGGAGUUAAGGGCAUUGCCAAGCGAACAGCCAAAGAUACAGGGAAGGCUCUUGUUCACCAGCACGAGGAGAAGAAGCAGUCUAAACUAGCUGGAGGAGUGGAAGAAGUAGAAGAGGCCAUGGAAGUCACAGAGGAGGAAGGAAACAACCCUCCUCCAAAGCCCAUUCGAGAAAAGAAGAAGAAACCUCUUUAAGAAGUUCUCUUUUUUCUCCUUCAGUUUUCUUCUUUCUCUGAUUCUUUUUUUCUCAGUUAUUAUUUCAUUUCACCGUUUUAAAAGAAAGCAAUGGAUAGUUCAGCUUGUUGUAAAGGACAUUAAAUAUACAGGUAAUAAUAUGUUAUCUUGUUGUUGAUAUUAACAGUGAUAGUAUUAUACUAAUGGGCCUUAUCAUCAUAUUUUCCAGUGAAUUAUAAUGUUGUUGUUUUUUUCUUAUGCAUAGUGAUAUAUUUUAUAUAUGUUGCUGGAGUAUCUUUACUUUCCAUUCAAGCCAUCUAUACUUACUAUUCUAACAGGAUGAUGAAGCUUAUUCAUUGGGUAUUUCAUUGACCAAAAAAUGGCAGGUGGUUAGAAAAGCUUUUCGAUUGUAUUGAAGAUCGGUUCUCCUGUUGGGCCUCGCGUUUUAUGACGGCCAACCGACAGAAAUUACUCAUAGCAAGGUUACAACCAGUGAAGAAAUAGAUAAUGUUAUUUAUAAAGGCUAGAAUGGUUGAGAGAAGUAUAAUUGUGGCUGAGUGUUUAUGUUGCAUUAGAGCUGUUUAUUUUUCCCUAGAACUCAUAGACUGGACAGUACAGGAAAGUGCCAUAACUGUCAGAGUAUUUGGGCCAAGAGAGAGAUUAUUGUAAAUAGAAAUGAUUUUUUUAAGAAAUCAAAAAAUUAUAAAUGCUUCAUGUAAAUACUUAUUUUUCCUUACCUAAGGACAUCAAAGGAUUAACUUCAAAUUAAGGUUGCAGACUAUUGCUGAGGCUGAGUUGAAGAUGAUUAGCUAUUCCCCAAGAGAUGAUCAUGUAUUUAAAGACAGUCAGUUCUAAUAUACUAUAAUAAAGUUUGCUUAUCAUGGCCCUAUUCCUCAUGUGUCUGCCAGGGGGGUAUCCUCAUGUCACAAAUCCAUUACCUGGGUCAUGGUAAAUUUUCUCUCUUCACAUCACAGGGUAACCAUUCCUGCUGGUGCCUUAAUUCUUAAUAAGUGAAAUUCUUGGCUUAUUUUGUGAGUACUUGGGUUUCCUUUGUAGGAUAUUAUCAAAUGAAGAUUUGUAUACAUUAUUGAUUUCAUGUUUUUUUGUGUUUUGCCUUGUGUAUUUGUUGUUAUUGUUUUACUACAAAAUGUGUAUGAUAAGCAUUGUUAAAAUGCACUUGCCAUGGAUGUAUAUUUUAAAGGUUACCAGGUAAAGUCCAGACCAUGCAGCAGUUGAAAAACUUUCAGAAAUCCACAGAUUCUAAUAUAAUGAGAAUUCUCUGUACAAGGUCCCAAUGUUGAAGUCACAAAACUUGUAUCAAAAUACCUCGUAGACAAUUUCUUGCCAGUAUGAAAGGGUUGGUGCUUGUGUGUACAUAUGUUUUAUAGAUGAAUGAACAGUGAGUAGCAUGUAGCUCUGAAUUCUCUGCUUUAAAGGAUCUGGCUAAAUUUUGUACUCUUGUUUAGUGUACUUGUGUUGUAUUGCACUAGUUUAUAUAGCAUUCCAAUCUGUUAAUCUUUUUCAUUCUCUUUGCUUUGUCUUUCUUGAAGUAGGUAGUGCUCUGAAAGUUGAAGCAGCUCAUGUAAAAUAUUUUCUGAUUUAUGCACACACAGUGAAAGUAUAUUUUCUUCCACUGUUUGUUUAUUUACCUAUUAUAUUAUUUUUGUAUUAAGUGAUUGAUUAAUUAUUUUUUAUUAUUUUUACAGCAGCUUUUUGGUUUGUUUGUUUGUUAUUCAGAGGUACUGUUGUUUCUCUAUUUCUUUUAGUAGUGGAAUUUAUUCAGUAUAAACUGAAGUAGUGCUUGAAAGGCUAGCUGUUAAUGGAUGAGGAAACAAUAUUAAAGAUCCUUCUUUUUCUCCUACUCCUCCUCCUCCUUUUCCUCCUUUUCCUCCUUUUCCUCCUUUUCCUCCUUUUCCUCCUUUUCCUCCUUUUCCUCCUUUUCCUCCUCCUGCU